AUGAAGAUCGAUACUGUACGAGAUGCUUUCUUAAGCGAUUACGAGGUUCUGAAGUUUAUGACGCAUCUGGAGCGUAGACAUGAUUGGAGUCUGGACCAAGAUGAAGACAUGAGCGGAGGUAAUAAGAAGCGGAAGAGAAGACCCUAUAAUCACCCAGAACUACAGGCAAUCACCAAAGACACGAUACGAUAUCUUUCGGAGGGCAAAGGAGCUGUAGAAGCGGACGAGUCGGAAAAUGGUGGCAAGAAAGAAAGUAAGUCCCCACUUACGAAGCUCAACGACAAUAAAUUCGCAGAAUUAAUGCGCCAACUCAAUCAGUUUGACCUGUUCAAGGCUGAAAAACUGCAAAUUGUCAACCAGCUACCAACGAACUUGGUACAUCUCUACGCCAUUGUCGAAGAGUGUGAUACGCGUUUCUCAGAAGAACAGACCGGUCAAAUCAUCGAGGCGGUGCAAGGCGUUUAUUGA